AUGCUUGACGCACGCAGACUGCUCUCCGAUCGCGACGCGCGCAAACCUCACCAUGUCCGCAACAUUUCCUACCCCGUAGCCCUCGAGGCAAACAAGGUCUCGCCCGAACCUAUCGACACCGCGCCUCGUCCGGCGCCUUCUCCAGCACCUAAAGACUCGGCCCCAGCAACCUCCCCGUCCAGUGCCACCAGCACCACACCCUCGAUCUCCCCGUCAUCCGCCAUGCCCAAGGCUCGCUCAACCCACGGCCGCAAGUCGUCCUUCAGCCGGGUCGGCGUCAACGUCAGCUCUUGGCUCGUGCGCAGUACACCCGGGACAUCUGCGAACGGCAAAGGCGGCAAAGUCAUGCGCAUAUCCGAACCUCAGCUCGUCGACUCGCUUGCACCAUCUGCAUUUCCCAGAGCGAUGAGGCCGGGUGUUCAGAUCGUGCGCACUCCUCAAGAGGCUCUUCUGGGUACCGGUGUCUCGGUCGACUAUAUUGAACCAGAGCCGGAGAUCGCGCCUCUAGAUCAGAUCCCUACGCUCGUCGAACCCGUGCUCGAAGUUGCGGAGGAGGACGGUUAUCAGGAUUUCCCGCAAGAGCUUGAAGAGCGCGACACGAGCGAGUCGGAGUACGAGAUUCAGGGUGAUGCUGAAGAUGGCCUGGAGUACGAUGAGGAAAGUGAAGCCGAGAGUCUGGCCGUUCCGACCGAGGACACUCACCGGGUUCCGCCCGCAUACUCUCCCCCGAGAUCUCCUCGUCGCGCGACAGACGCUACCGAAGGAAGUUCACCGGCGCCCGCCACGAAGGCCCCGCCCCCGCCGACACGAUCGGCUCCACCCAUUCCCAUCGAGCCCCUGCGUUCACGUCAAUCGCCCAGAAGAGCGAGCACAAACCUUCCCCGCCAGUCCUCGACUCCCCUCCCCUCCUAUCUUUCCAAUCCGGCAAGCCAACCACCUUUCGACUGUAUCCCUCUCUCGGAUAUCUCGUCCUUAAGCGCCCAUGCGGCAUUGGAUCCAUCCCGCGUACUUGUCACGAUGGACACUUCGACUGCGACGCACCGCACUACGCUCGCCACGCUCGUCGCUCGCCCGUCGAACCUGAGCAUGUACCUCCUCGAACUCCUUCAGCCCAUGGCAAGCUCCUCUGCCAGCUCUUCAAGGGACACGGAUCGCAAACAUGAGAUCUUACGCGAUGACGCAUCCAGCUUCGUUUCCCGCGACGACGGCGAGGAUGAUGAGAACACCGAAUACGAUGAGAGCCUCGGCUUCCAGGAGAUAUUUCGUUCGACCCUGAAAACGGCGGGUAUUGUCACUGAUACCGCUGCUUUCGUCCCGCCAGCACCAUCCUCGCCUGUUCACGGACCCUCCCGAUUGCACAUCUUCAUGGAUCGUCCAAGUGAACCAUACGAACAUAUUCUAGCGUACCUUCGCGCUCCUUUGACGGGCAACACGCAUCACCUCCCAGCCACUCUCAAGCUCGCGGAUACCGCUACCCUUGUAGCAGCGCGUGAUGAGGCAAAUUACCUCGGGCUUCAAGAUCUUUCCGUCCUUUGCAUAUCCGAACUUCGCGCCCGGCACUUUAACUCGGCCACCUCACCAUCUCAUUCUCGUGGACCCAGCGCAGGCUCGCUCCGUACUCUCCGCGAUACACCUGCGCCACGCCAGUCUACAGACUCAACUGGUAGCGCAGGCUCAAGCGGAAGUUCUCCAUCCGCUGGAAAGCAACCCCACUUCCGUGCACCGGCAGAUGUACCCGUAGCUGCCACCUACCGCGCGUCGGGUGGCUCUACAGGUAGUAGCGGAUCUACACAGCGGCUGGCCGCCGGUGCAGAGCUCCGCAUGUUCUGA